AUGGCUUUUUAUGUACGUUUCAGAAUAACUAUGACAACAUUAAAAAAAACAAAAACACCAUUUUAUGUUCAAUUUUUUCAAUGUUUUUUAAAUGGAAUUCAUUUUCUCAAACAGAAAGAAAAAUUACCGGAAAAAUCAAAAGUUGAAAGCAAGAAAAUGGUAAAUGCGUCGUCGUCAGUAAAAAGAAAAAGUUAUGUACGCAAACAGUCACAUGCGCCAUUACGAUCAUCUACAACGUAUCACUCUCCCUCUACAUAUGUACCACACUCAACAACAGCAACAGAAUCAAAAACACCUGUAAUUAUACCUAUUGAUGUAGCUGAUGGUUCAUCUUGCGGUGCUGGUUGUGACUACGGUGGUAGCAGUUGUGGUGGAUAUAAUUAA